AUGUUACCUUCAACAAGUCCCAAAUUAUCGAAAUACUUUGUUUUAAGAAACUUCCUUUCGGAUUAUAAGGCUUUAAGAAGAGCAUUCCCUUAUACAAAAAGCGAUUUGUUGCUUGUUAGAGCUCAGAAAUCCCGUCGAAAUAAACAGUCUUCAAGUAUGGAUCAAGAUAAUCAAGAUACACCAUCAGCCAAUGGAAAUGGAUCCAAACGUCAAAGGCUAUUAGGAAUCGCUAGAGCAACAAGAGAUACUUAUAUUCCAAGAUUAACAGGGUCAGUAUCCCAAUUGGCUACUGAUGUUACCAUGAGAAUGUCUGGUGGUGGUUCUUAUUAUAAUAGAGAUUUAUUUGAUGAACUUGGUAGAUUGAAGUUCCCAAAAGAUACUAGUAUUACGUUAUAUGAUACUUAUACAAGAAUUGAAGAUGGGAAAUAUUUUGUCAAUGUUAAAGGUUGGCUAUGGUGUCCUGGUGUCAUGACAAGAAAGAAUAGAUUAAUAUUGAGUUUGGCCAAACAAAUAACAAAAUAUAACGUCAAUCCUACCAAGUCAACUCAAGCAGUAGAGAAAUGGGAAAGUGAAUCUUUACAGCAAGAUAUUUUGAGUGAUGAUGUUGAAUCUGUCAAUUCCGAUGGAACUAUUUCACCUCGACCUCCAUUAAGUUCCAAUUCUUCUACUACCAGUUCCAUAACAACAUUCAAUGAUGAAGGUGGAGGUGGUAAUGAUAAUAGGAUCAAAGAAAGAAUGAGUCAAUUUAUAGCUCGAUCCAUACCGAAUUCAGAAUUAGAAAUCAGUGUUGGCUCAGAAGAUCUGCAACAAGAAAUAACUACUACCAAAGUUAUCACCAAUAAUAAUGGGCAUUUUGAUUGUUGUAUUGCAGUUGAUUAUCUUCCCUCAAUAGUUCAAGUUCGGUCAAGCCAUGAUGAAUCUAUAUAUUGUUUUAAAGAGAUUAUGCUUGUGGAAGACAAUGGGGUUGGAUUAAUUAGUGAUAUCGAUGAUACUAUUAAAUUAACUGGUGUAAUUGGAGAUAAACGAUCACUUAUGACCAGCUUAUUGACCAAAGAUGUUUCUGAUUGGUUGAUCCCUUCGAUGUGUAAAUGGUAUAAUGAUAUGUUUUUAUUGUCCAAUGUUUCAUUCCAUUAUGUUUCAAAUUCUCCAUGGCAAUUAUAUGGAGUAAUUAAAGACUUUAUGGCACAGGGGAAUUUCCCUAAAGGGUCUAUUAAUCUUAAACAGUAUUCUGGUAAUAUUAUUUCAUCAUUAAUGGAACCAUCCAAAUCAAGAAAGAGCUCAACAUUGAAUAAAAUAUUGGAGGAUUUUAAAUAUAAACGGUUCAUUUGUAUUGGAGACUCAGGUGAAUACGAUUUUGAAGCAUACGUUGAUCUUGCUAUUAAAUAUCCGGGAAGAAUCUUGGCUAUUUAUAUUCGAUAUGUGGAAAAUUCAAUGUCUGAUGUCGAUGAUACAAAGAUUUUAAAACAAGUUAUACGAAUGAUUGAUAAACAUAAACUUAGACAACAAAAGAGAGGUAUUACCAAAUCCAAAACAUUUUCAGUAUAUCAUGAUGAUAAUAACCAACCUAAUUUAAUUGAUUUAUCUGAUGAUAUUUCUUCCAAUAGACAUAGGAAGCUACCUCCAAUGAAACCAAUUAAACCACAGAAUCUUAAAGGUGAAAAAAAUCAGAAUCCUCCUCCGCUUCCCAAAAGAAGAGAUCAAAGCAGUAAUGGCCUUAGAAAGACUCACACGGAAACGGAUAUUUAUUUCCACCCCACGGAGCAUGAAAAUGAUCUUUCAGAGAAUCUUUAUGACGUUUAUAAUUCCCAUGAUUUCUAUGAACUACAAGAUAUGGAUAACAAAGGUUAUCAAUGGGUAACCAAAAUGAAUGAUGCCCUUGUUGCAUUAAAGAAUUCACCUAUUGAAAUCCAUAUAUUUAAAGAUGAUGAAGAAUUAUUCUUUGAAUCAAGUUUAAUGAAUUCCAAAGAAGCAUUAACUGAUUUAACAAAAAUUGUCAAAGAAAAUAAUUAA